AUGGCAGGGCACGGCGCCAGCCUGCUCCUGCUCCUGGGUCUCAUGCCAGCCGGUGUGACAGGUGCCGUUCUCUCCCCAGCUCUCCUCCUGGCCGUCAGGAUCAACAGCAAGGGCAGGGAGGUGCUGUACCUGGCCAAGGGAGACUCGGUGAAGCUGGGCUGCCCCUACGUCCUUGAGCCCGAAGACAACGGUCCCCAGGGCGUGGGCAUCGAGUGGAUCCAGAUCACGCCCGAGCGGACCGGCCCGGAGAAUGUGUUCCUGUCCUACCACGACCACCAUGUCAACUACGGCAGUGGCUCAGGGCUGCAGGACCGCGUGGCCUUCGUGCAGAACGACCCCAGCCAGUACGACGCUUCCAUCCGCCUGGCCGACCUGCAGGUCUCUGACACCGGCACCUACCAGUGCCGGGUGAAGAAAAACACCGUGGCCGUGCACGAGGUCAUCGUCACUGUACAAGAGAAGCCAGCCACCCCACAGUGCUGGACCGAGGGGGAGCUGAUAGAGGGGAGCAGCAUCCUGUUGCGGUGCUACAGCCGGGGGGGCACCUCCCCGCUUGCCUACCAGUGGGCCAAGCUGGCCGACGGCUACGGCGGAGGACACCUGCCCUCCGGCACCAUCCAAGGACGUGCUCCUGGCGACCUGUUAAUCCGUAGCCUGUCGGAGGUGCAUGUCGGCAUCUACCAGUGCCGCGUCACCAACCGUGUGGGCUACUCCGUGUGCCAGAUCAACCUCAGCCCUGCACCAA